AGAACAACGCGGCGGGGGAGAAGAUUUCAGGCUCAGAAGCAGCCGCCGCCGCCGCCGCCGUCUCAGCCGCCGCGCCGCCCCCCCGUCGACCGCGAUCUUCCAGUCCGCACCCCGCCGCGAUGGCCGACGCCGGCAAGCCCGACCCCGCGUCGCCGCCGGAGGCGCCGUCGGCGAAGAAGGGGGUCUUCAUGCGCCGCAUCUUCCCGUUCCUCCUCGCCGCCAACAUCUUCAUCGGAGUUUACGUAUUUGCAAAGACCUACAAGAGAGACCAGGAAAAGAAGAACGCUCAGACUGCUGCUGCUGCAGCUGCAGUUGUAGCAUUGUCAUCCCCAGCUGCCCCAGCUGCUGAGACUGUAGAUCCUACUCCUCCAACUCCUCCACCCAAAAGAGUGCUUCCACCAAUACCCGAAGACGAACAGCGCCAGGUCUACAAGUGGAUGCUGGAAGAGAAGCGGAAGAUCAAGCCACGCAAUGCUGCUGAGAAGAACAAGAUCAACGAAGAGAAGGCGCUUCUCAAGGAGUUCAUCAGGGCAGAGUCUCUUCCCCGUUUGUGAUUAGCAUUUCACUGGCUGCCCUGCUGGCCUUGUUUUUUUUUUUCUUUUGCCUGCUGUUCCAUGGAAGGACAUGUUCUGGAUUUUACACUUGUCUCUUGUUUGUUGGCAGAAACGGUAGCAUUUUGUAUGGUGUCAAGUAAUCAUUUGUUACCCAAAAUACUGAGUCAAGUGGCUCCAGUUUCAGGGAACUCUGGCAUUUUAACAUCAUUGGCGGCUUGGCGCUACUGGAGAUUUUCUUUUAACUAA